ACAGCCGUGCGUUUGAAAAGAUGUUCCAGCAGUGCUUGGAGCUUCCCUCCCAGAGCCGACACUCCAUCUGCUUCCCUCUGCUCUGCACACACUUCAUGUCCUGCACACACGAGCUCUGUCCCGAGGAGCGUCACCACAUAGGAGAUCGAAGCCUGUCGCUGUGUAACAUGUUUCUGGAUGAGAUGGCCAAACAGGCCAGAAACCUGAUCACUGACAUCUGCACCGAGCAAUGCACACUCAGCGACCAG